AUGUGUGAUGCAGGAUUGAAACUGCCACCUAACAAUGAAAAGUUACAGAGAGAGGAAGAAGAGGUAAUGCAUGGUGCCAAUCUUACACUCAAGUUAAACUUCCCUCAGUAUCAAAGUGAAGUUGAGGAGUUGUCUGUUAAAUCUUCAACUGAAGUUGGAUAUGUCAAGCUACUAAUAGGUCAAAGAAAAGGUAUAACUGCUAAGAAUAUUAGGAUUUUUUACAAUGGCACACAAAUGAUAGAUCCAAUGUCAUUAUGUGAUCACCUUGGAGUAUCUCCUCCUUCAAUUGAUGUAGAUGUUUACAUUAAUUUAGAGCAUACAAUAGAUGUUUAA